GAAACCCUUGGGUGAAACUCACCCGGCUUUAGUAACCAACCCAACUGCAUAGACUUUAGACAACCAUGUAAAGGGAUUCCACUGUCCGAGAGACCAAACAUCUAUCACCAUGGUGGAUGUGAAGUGUCUGAGUGACUAUGAGUUACAGAAUGAACUUAAUAAGCUUGGAUAUUCACCUGGCCCGAUAUUACAGCUUAAGACCACUAUCAUUUUGAAAGGAAAUAUCCUUCUCUCAUCAGAAAAACACAAGGGACCCAAAAAAAGACCUGAGGCUUUCACCACGAGACCAAAAGCUCUAGAUAGCUGCUGCCUGGCUUAUAAGCAUUCUGAGGGAAUAAGGCUUACAAGAAGAGCAUCAAGCACCAGAUUCAAAGAAUGGAGAAGCCCCCGAGAGACAGACUACUGCACAGUGGACAACAUUAUUGAGUUCUGGAACGUAGAAAUGUUUCCAGUGGCCUUGAGGCUUGCUGUGCUUGGCAUCUUCAUCAUUGUGUUAUUUGUCUACAUAACAGUGGAAAGGAAGCCGUUCUUUGGUUAAGUGCUUUAGGGCAGAACAAUGAGUGAGCACCUGAGUAUCGGAAAGGAAAGACGUCUCCAAAGGGGGACGCCGGGCCCCAUGGCCCGCUAGCCUUGUGCUAUGGUGCCCUCACAGAUCUGUACCCAGGCUCAUCAUUUCGAAGCUGAAGAGGCCUUAUGUACUCUCUAGUUCACCACUUAUGUUUCAAGAGAAGGAAACAGGCCAGGGAGGUUGAGGGAAGUGCGAAAAGUCACAAUGAACGGAGACCAGAAUCCAAGGCCGGGAAGGGAGGAGGGAGAGAACCAGGCACUUGUGUGAAAAAGCGUAAUGACAGGGACUUCCCCGAUGAUGGCCAUCAUUAAAUGCUUCCACAGUUGGCAUACUUCUAAAGAGGAAA